UCCUUUCUCUCUCACGAUAAACUCAAUGGGGUUGUCUAUUUUUAACCUCCUGUUCUUUCCUUUUGGCAGAGUAAUCAGUGUGAACUGAGCUCUUUCCCUGAAUGAAUCCAAGUAACCCUGGUGGUUGCCUUCUGAAAUGACCAGCAGACACACAACUGUCCAGAGGCUGCCCAAAGUAUAAACUCUGGUUCUAAAGUACCAUGUCCAGCCAGGGAAGUCCUAGUGUGGCGCUUUCUACGACGACAGUCAGUUCAGUUGCUGUGCAGGCUGGGGACUCCAAAAUCGUUAUAGCUGUCAUAAAGUGUGGCAAAUGGGUACAACUUCAACUGGCUGAAUCACAGCCCAAUCUUCUAGAAAUUGGCAGCAGUCAAGAUGAAACCAAAAAACUUCUUCAUGAUCAUGAACUUCUUUUGGCCAAGCUCAAGGCUUUGGAAGAUCGGGUAUGGGAACUCUUGCAGGAAGCAGACAAGACAGCUGAAGAGAACAAGGAUCAGAGUCAGGUCUAUGAUGCCAUGGCCGAGACCCUGGGUGAAGCAUGGGCAGCUCUGGUGUCCAUGCUUGAAAGAAGAACGGAGCUCCUUAGGUUGACUUCUGAAUUUUUUGAAAAUGCCUUAGAGUUUGCUAUUAAAAUAGACCAAGCUGAAGAUUUCCUCCAGAAUACUCAUGAGUUUGAGAGUGCUGAGUCCUUAAAAUCACUUCUUCAGCUUCAUGAACAUCAUACUAAAGAACUCUUGGAACGGUCUUUAGCCCUUUUAAACAAAAGUCAACAACUCACUGACUUCAUAGAAAAAUUCAAGUGUGAAGGACCUAAUGUGAAUCCUGAGUUGACUCAGGGAGCUCAUAGCAGCUGUCUGAAGGUUGACAGCCUUCUUGAACUUCUACAAGACAGGAGAAGACAACUAGACAAGUACUUGAAGCAGCAGUGGCAAGAAUUGAGUCAAGUUCUGCAGAUAUGUCAGUGGGACCAACAAGAAAACCAGGUUACUUGUUGGUUUCAGAAAACUAUAAGAGAUUUACAGGAACAAAGUCUAGGUUCAUCACUUUCAGACAAUGAGGAUCUAAUUCAUAAGCACGAGGAACUGAUAAUAAAAGCAAAGGAAUGGAAUUCUGCUGUUGAGAAGCUGAAGAGUGAGGCACUGAGAAUUCUGCUGUCAAAGGACUACGUGGAGAAAGAACACCUCCAGCUCUCUCACCAGAAACUCAGUCAGCUUCAAGAAGAAUUUGGUCAACUCAUGGUGGAAAGGAAUACCUGGUUAAAGAAGGCGAAUGAAUUUUUUAACAGUGCUAACAAGGCAUUUGAUGUACUUGGAAGAGUUGAAGCUUACCUUAAGCUCCUUAAAUCAGAGGGUUUAAGUCUGGCUGUUUUGGCAGUGAGGCAUGAGGAAUUACACAGAAAAAUUAAAGACUGCACAACUGAUGCUUUGCAAAAGGGACAAACCUUAAUCAGCCAAGUAGACUCCUGCAGCUCUCAGGUGUCUGGCAUCCAUGAGAUGAUGGGGUGCAUUAAGAGACGAGUGGAUCAUCUGACCGAACAGUGUUCAGCACACAAGGAAUAUGCUCUUAAGAAACAACAACUAACAGCCUCAGUGGAGGGUUACCUACGGAAGGUGGAAAUGUCAAUUCAGAAAAUCAGUCCAGUACUUUCUAAUGCAAUGGAUGUCGGUUCUACCCGUUCUGAAUCAGAGAAGAUUUUGAAUAAAUAUCUGGAACUAGAUAUCCAAGCUAAGGAGACAUCACAUGAAUUAGAAGCAGCUGCAAAAACCAUGAUGGAGAAAAAUGAAUUUGUAUCUGAUGAAAUGGUAUCACUUUCCUCUAAAGCUAGAUGGCUAGCAGAAGAAUUAAACCUAUUUGGCCAAAGCAUUGACUAUAGAUUGCAAGUCCUGCAAACUUACGUGGCAUUUCUGAAGUCAUCAGAGGAGGUAGAGAUGCAGUUUCAGAGCUUAAAAGAAUUUUAUGAAACCGAAAUCCCUCAGAAGGAGCAGGGUGAUGCUAAAGCCAAGCAUUGUUCUGACUCGACUGAGAAGCAGUGGCAGCUAUUUUUAAAGAAGAGUUUUAUAACACAAGAUCUAGGGCUUGAGUUCCUUAAUUUAAUAAAUAUGGCAAAAGAGAACGAGAUAUUAGAUGUGAAAAAUGAAGUGUACCUCAUGAAGAACACCAUGGAAAACCAGAAAGCAGAACGGGAAGAACUUAGCCUCCUUCGGCUGGCAUGGCAGCUUAAAGCCACGGAAAGCAAGCCUGGAAAACAGCAGUGGGCGGCAUUCAAAGAGCAACUUAAAAAGACUUCUCACAACUUAAAACUUCUUCAGGAAGCACUUAUGCCUGUGUCUGCACUUGACCUCGGAGGGAGCCUCCAGUUCAUUUUAGAUCUACGACAAAAAUGGAAUGACAUGAAGCCUCAGUUCCAGCAAUUGAAUGAUGAGGUUCAGUACAUUAUGAAAGAAUCAGAGGAGUUAACUGGCAAAGGAGCCCCUGUAAAAGAAAAGUCUCAACAACUGAAGGACCUUAUUCACUUCCAUCAAAAACAGAAAGAGAGAAUCCAGGAUUACGAGGAUAUCCUGUACAAGGUGGUCCAGUUCCAUCAAGUCAAGGAAGAGCUGGGACGUCUCAUCAGAUCAAGAGAGCUGGAGUUUGUAGAGCAGCCGAAGGAACUGGGUGAUGCCCAUGAUGUGCAGAUUCACCUCCGGUGCUCUCAGGAAAAGCAAGCCCGUGUAGACCAUCUCCACAGACUGGCCCUUUCCUUAGGAGUAGACAUCAUCUCAUCAGUGCAGCGGCCUCACUGCUCUAAUGUUUCUGCAAAGAACCUACAGCAGCAGCUGGAGCUCCUUGAGGAGGACAGCAUGAAGUGGCGUGCCAAAGCUGAGGAGUAUGAACGGACCCUGUCCCGUAGUGUGGAGUACUACGCCAUGAGAGACGAGAUAAAUGAGCUCAAAGACUCAUUCAAAGAUAUCAAAAAGAAAUUCAAUAAUUUGAAGUUUAAUUACACUAAGAAAAAUGAAAAAUCUCGGAAUCUGAAGGCACUUAAAUAUCAAAUUCAGCAAGUUGAUAUGUAUGCUGAAAAAAUGCAGGCUUUGAAAAGGAAAAUGGAAAAAGUUAGUAAUAAAACCUCUGAUUCUUUCUUAAAUUAUCCAAGUGAUAAAGUUAAUGUCCUUUUGGAAGUCAUGAAGGAUUUGCAAAAACAUGUGGAUGACUUUGACAAAGUUGUGACAGAUUACAAGAAGAACUUGGACCUGACUGAGCAUUUCCAGGAGGUGAUAGAAGAGUGUCAUUUUUGGUAUGAAGAUGCAAGUGCCACAGUUGUAAGAGUUGGAAAAUAUUCCACAGAGUGCAAGACAAAGGAAGCUGUGAAAAUUCUCCACCAGCAGUUUAAUAAGUUUAUUGCACCCUCAGUGCCGCAGCAAGAAGAAAGGAUUCAGGAGGCCACUGACCUUGCUCAGCGCUUAUAUGGUUUGGAAGAAGGACAGAAAUAUAUUGAGAAAAUAGUGACAAAACACAAAGAGGUUCUUGAAUCUGUGACUGAAUUAUGUGAGUCCCUCACAGAGCUCGAAGAAAAACUGAAGCAGGGAGAUGUUUUAAAGAUGAAUCCGAAUUUGGAAGACUUCCAUGAUGAUUACAUUGACUUGCUAAAGGAACCAGCAAAAAAUAAGCAGACAAUAUUCAAUGAAGAAAGGAAUAAGGGGCAGGUGCAGGUGGCAGAUCUUUUGGGCAUCAAUGGAACAGGGGAAGAGCGACUACCACAAGACCUGAAGGUGUCCACUGACAAGGAGGGUGGCGUCCAGGGCCUGCUCCUGCCUGAAGACAUGCUCUCAGGGGAAGAAUAUGAGUGUGUCUCACCUGAUGACAUCUCCUUGCCUCCUCUCCCAGGAAGCCCUGAGUCCCCCCUUGCACCAUCUGACAUGGAGGUGGAAGAGCCUGUCAGCUCCUCCCUCAGCCUUCACAUAAGCAGCUAUGGGGUACAGGCUGGGACCAGCAGCCCAGGGGAUGCCCAGGAAUCUGUUCUUCCACCACCUGUUGCCUUUGCGGAUGCAUGCAAUGAUAAGAGAGAAACAUUUUCAAGUCAUUUUGAGAGGCCUUACCUCCAGUUCAAAGCUGAGCCCCCUCUAACCUCCAGAGGAUUCGUGGAAAAGAGUACUGCCUUACACAGAAUCAGUGCUGAACAUCCAGAGAGCAUGAUGAGUGAAGUGCAUGAGAGAGCUUUACAGCAGCACCCUCAGGCUCAGGGCGGUUUGCUAGAAACACGGGAGAAAAUGCAUGCUGAUAAUAACUUCACUAAAACCCAAGAUAGGCUGCAUGCUUCCUCUGAUGCAUUCUCGGGCCUCAGGUUUCAAUCAGGCACCAGCAGGGGCUAUCAGAGGCAAAUGGUUCCUCGAGAAGAGAUUAAAAGCACAUCAGCAAAGAGCAGCGUGGUCAGCCUAGCUGACCAGGCACCUAAUUUCUCCAGGCUCCUGUCUAAUGUAACUGUCAUGGAAGGUUCUCCAGUGACUUUGGAAGUUGAAGUAACAGGAUUUCCAGAGCCUACACUGACAUGGUACAAGAAGGGCCAGAAACUGUCUGCAGAUGGGCACUUACAGGUUUUACACAAGGAGACAAGGCAUUCGGUGUUCAUUCCAAAGGUAUGCAAGGCAGAUGCAGGCCUCUAUGUGGCUCGGGCCCAAAACUCUAGCGGCGCUCUCUCUUCCAAUGUCAUCCUCCACGUGACAGGUAACUGCAGGCUGCCAAUCACAAGAGUAAACUGGAUAACCCUGUGUGUCAUCUAUGUUAGUGUGUCCCUAAUGUACUGGCUACUCACACAAUAACUGUGGUGUUGGCACUAAUGGACAUCAUUCUCAUGUGCCUAAAGAAAAGUGCCGCUGUUUAUCUUCCUGCACCUCCUGCGAAGCAUCUCCCACCAAGUGUAUCUCCCGUCUUAUCACCAUACUUGUUUGGCUAAUACCACUGCUAGGUGAAAUAAUCAAAUUUUCUUGAGUGUUUAAUAUAUUUGAGAAGCUUGGUAAAUUGUCUAUAGUGGAUAAGAACAUAUUUUUGUACUCUAGAAAGAGAUGUUUUCAACAUAAUAUGCAGCAAAAUUAUUCUAUGCCUAUUCCCUCCUAAUUUAAGGGUGUGCAGAUGAAAGCUGACAUCGGCAUAGAGAUGUGCUAAAUUUCAAAUACGGUUGUUCAAUAAUUUAUUUUUAAUUGUAUUUUAAAACAUCCCUUUGUAGGGAAUAUCAGUAGAACUAUUGAAUUGAUGUUGUAUUUUUGCAUUAGCUGUCCUUUAAUUUUGCUUUCCAUGUCUUGAUCUUGUUACUGAAAUGCAUUCUGUGUAAUUUCAACAUAGACCACAUUCCUGAGUCUGAUGAUGUCACUGUAAAUAAUCAUUCCUCAUGUUGCUCUCACGGGUUUGACAUUGGAGGAUAGACGUGCCAUCAACUUUAAAUAGAGUUUCCAUCUUUUGUCAGCUCUGCAUGUCAUACAGCAAGAUGGAACACAGGUUGCAAGAAAGAACCAACGUUAUUCCUGACAUUCUAUUGAUGUGUUUUGAGCAGCAAUGUGUAACCAGGUGUUUCUGCUUCUCAUCUUGAUUCUGCUGAUGACCAUUUUUAUACUUUAUGGCGAAGCAUCUCAUUGCCUCAGUUUCCUGUCUGGAAAAUGAGUUCAUCAUCUACCUCUUGGGCAAUUGAGAGUUUUCAUUUUGUGUCUUUUAAACAUCUGGAAAAUGGAAAACACUGUAUGAGGGCUAAGGAUAAUGAUAUUGUUUAAUGUAAUUUGUCAUCAGACCGGCCUCCUGCUCACUAUUUCUUUUUUUUUAGAUGCUGUUUUUUUAGAAUAUUAAAGGAGUGCUGUUAACAUGUAAUCUUCAACUAGUUCCAUGGAGGAAAGUGAUGUUUUAUGAAUUAGAGCUUAAAUUCCUGAAGACUGCAUUCUUUUCAAAGACUUGAAAUUAAACUCAGGAGGAUACAUUUUGUUUGUUCUAGGGGGAAACAUGUAAUAGAAUGGUAUGAGAUGAAUUCUAUCCUUUUAUAAUAAUUAUUACUAUAAUAUUGAAGUAUCCUAUGCCUUUCUGAAACACUUUAUUCAAAAAAGAUCAUUUUUUGGCUUCCUUUUAAAAAUAAGCUUGAAGUAGGGAAGCAUUUGCUUUUUAGAUUUUAAAUGUAGUCUUAUUAUGCUGAGGAAAAUCUUUAGUUGAAAGAAUAAUUCAUUACAGAUUUUUGAUGAAGGGAAGAAAUUAAUUAUGUUGCUGGAAGACUGUCUACAAAUAAUCAAAAUAUUUAAAUGUAAUGUAUUCAAGUUGUUAUUAAAAAGUUACUGAAUGUUAUCUGAAGAUGUGAAAUGUGUAGUCAAGUAAAAAGUUGGCGUAUACUUUCUUGGGCUGCAUAUCCAAUUUAAUUAAAAAAUUAAAUCUCAGUUUCCUUCUAAAUUUUGGUAGAACUAUAUUAAAAGCUUGUAUACACAGCAUUCUAGGAAAUUUCUCUUAACUAUCUUUUUUUUGGUUUUUUUUUUUUUGUUUGAGAAAGAGUCUUGCUCUCUUGCCCAGUGCAGUGGUGCCAUCUUGGUUCACUGCAACCUCCACCUCCGGGUUCAAGCAAUUCUCCUGCUUCAGCCUCCUGAGUAGCUAGGAUUACAGGCAUGCCUACCUAAUGUUUACAUUUUUAGUAGAAACCAGGUUUCACCAUGUUGGCCAGGCUGGGCCUCAGCCUCCCAAAGUGCCAGGAUUACAGGUAUGAGCCACCAUACCCGGCCUCUUGUAUCCUUUUUGUCCAAUUUCAAAUAAUGUGUGAAUCUUGCCUAACUGCUAUUGCCCAUGUUGAAGCUAAAGAGUAAAAACCUAUUCAUGUCCAAAGAAGGCAGGUGAGACCCGGUAACAAACUGUCUCUCUUCCCACUUUCUCUUUCUUAUUAAUUUGGCAGGAUCUCCCUUCCCAUUUUGUCAACAUGGUUGAAUUUGUGUGUUGGGGUUGUUAGGGCAUGGGAAUUCCUGGUUUGCUUUCUCUAUUGCAUGCUUGUUCAUGUUAACUCUUUGGGGAACAGAAUGAGAUACAUAUGCAUCCAUGGUUAUGAUGGAAAAAAGCAUGCAAAAUCCAUUUCUAGAGAGAGGAGAGAGAGAAAGGUGGGGGUGGGGAGCACAAAGAUCAGAAGAGUACUAUGCUGAUAUUCAAGAUAUAGUACAGAUAGCUUUCUGUGUACCUAUCCAUCUACCUAUUCAUCUGGGCUAUUGAUUGACUCCCACAGCAGUAAAGAAUAAUUAUUCAGUUAUUCUUCUGGUUAUGUUUUAAUUUCAAAAACUUAAGUGUGAUUUUCCUUUUUGCUGGGAUUUCUGUCUUGAGCAAAUAAUUCUUCUUAUGAAAGUAUCAAUUGCAGUUACUGGUUAAAAAUGUAAGACCUAGGAAAUUUAAGUGUUGUUUCUAUUUUAAGGUAUAUACAUAAUUUAUAACCAUUUACUUCUAGAGAAAAUCCUGAAUGGUUAGUAAUAUCAAAACAUUUUCAACAAGAAAACUAAAAUGAAAAGAAAGUUUAAAAAUUACAUGUGUUACAGCUCUUUUAGAAUUUGUCUAGCAGGUUUUCUGGUGAAAAUUAAACUCAGGAUUUUCACCAGAAAACUUUUUAAAACUUCUAAACUCUUAAACAAAUUAUAAAUACUUGAUAUUUCGAAGAACUGCAAAACAAAAUGUUUUUAAGUUUUCAUAAGGCAAAAUCAUUGAGUUUUCCAGCUUUGAUUUUCCAAUAAAAGGAUGUAUAAAUAUUUGGUGGUAGUUUUUCACACUCAAUUCCAAGAGAAAUUUACUGUAGGAAUCUGUACAUUUGAAUCUCUGAAUAUUCUAUGAUAUUUAAAAUAUUUGAACAAGAUGCAGAAAAUUUUUUAGCUAUAUUAAUCAAUAAUGGUAACCUCUAUCACUCAUAAUCAAGACACAUACUUAAAAUAGAUGACUACAAGACCCUUCUAACUGCUUUGCUCAAAUUUAAAUUUCCUCAAGUAGUUCAUAGGCCCUUUACAACCUGGCCUCCCCUCUCCAGCCUCCUAUUACCCCCAACCCCUAGCAAAGUGACAUUUAACUUCAGGGUUUUAACAUAUCAUGCUCUUCUCUCCAGCCCUUUCUUCCUAUAACUCUCUUACUAUCUUCACCACCCUAUCUUCAUGUGACUUAACUCUUGCUUAUGUUCCAGUUCUGCUGAGACACAACUUCCCCUGGGAAGCCUCCUGACCCAUCAAGUCCAGAGUAGAUGGUCCUGCCAUGUGCACUGUCAGCACCUGCACUGCCCAGCCACGCCCCUGAAUAUACACACAGAAGUCGCAGGUUUGAGCAUCAUUCUCCUCUGGCUAGGCUGUAAGAACCUUAUCAGCAGGAUUCAUGACAGCCCUGUUGUCAUUGUAUUGCCAGUACCUAAGACACAGUCACACUCAGUAAACCCUUUUGAAUUGAAUUGUUGCCAAAGGUAAACAAAGAUAAACCUAGCUUGUUUUUCUCCCCUUUUUAGAGGGAGGAGAGGGGAAAUGUAAAAAGACAAAGAUGAUUCUCCCUUCUUAUAGACAGGAGUCAAUCCAAAUCAGGCCCUAACAAUGAAGCACUCAUGAAAAUCUCUCACCUCAUCUGCAAAACUUGUGUGAGAACCCUCCAGACCCUCUGGGCUAGACCCUGAUUGAACAUUUGAAUUUAAAAAUAGACGCUGGCUCCACGGACUAAAAUAAUAGUAAGGAGGAAAGAGGAAAGGUCCAGGAUUGUUGUUCCUGGAUCAAUAUUGUUCCAACAUUUUAAAGUGUUCCAACAUUUUAAAACAUAUGUACUUAGGCAUAAAUCAUCAUCCGGUAUGAGGAACUGGAUGCCUCCACUCUCUAUGACUAAAUCCAAACUGUCAAAACCAGAAUUUAUGUACUUCUUUAGAACACUACGUAAAUGAUCAAUAUUUAAUUGUAGCUGGGGCUCAGUAAUCUGGGCUGUGAACAGAUCUUAUUUGAAACCAGUAUUUCAUACAAACUUGUAAAUAUAAAGAAAGCCAAAUCCAAGAACUUAAGAGUAUUUGAAUUCCAAAUGAAGAAAGGAAAGAAUAUCUUAUUUUGUUCUGCUUUAUGUUUGUCUUUAUUCAUGACCAUUUCUUACUAAAAAUCACCAUCUGAAGCUUUUGAAACUCCUGUUGUAUGCACAGCAUUUUAAGUGCAGCCAUGAAAUAAGUUAGUUGAAACAAAAUAAAAUAUCUCCUUCCAGUAUGCUCUGAUAUUGUGUCAAUGUAAAUGCCAAGGCAUGACAGACUGUUUUCCAUUUAUAAUAAGCGGAAUCUUGAGUUGCAUUGGAAAGCUAAAAGAUUUGCAUUGACUUAAAUGAAAGUGUCCUUUUUAAAGCAAAAACAAUUCAUUUUCUCUGUGCUUAUCACAGGAGAUGAGAUUUGAAUGUUAUCAGUUGUGCAUGAAUUCAACCUCAAAAACAGGAAGCACACAGCUGUGAUUUUGGCCUUUUUCCAUGAAUCUCCACAGCACUGUUCCUUUUGAUGGUGAGGGUUUGUAUAACAUCAUGAACCAUCUGAGCAUCAGUGCAGGUUGGAGGCAUGACCCUCCUCAGGGUGAACAAGCCUUUGUGUUGAGAGUUUGAGCGUUUGGCCUGCUCACUCUUCCUUCUGUUCAACAGCAGUUUCAUUUGUGUAACCCAGGACAUGGCAAAUCGGAUUCAUUGGAUCCUCCUUUUUGUACCGUAAAAUUAACUUCCUAUCUUCCUUAAAGAGCAAGAGUGCAGAAAUAAUUGUAUAGACAAGAAUGUGUGUGUAUUCCCAAUUAGCACAAUAAAAACUGGGUGAAAUCAAAAUAUAUUUUAACCAUAGAUAAAAAAAAUAGAUCAAAUCCAAUUUUUCUUUAAACCUGAACAAUAAUAGUUACAUAACAUGAAGUUUUCUAUCUGUAUUCUCAUGGCUGCUUGCCAUGGCUGUUUUUCCAUUUAGAAUGCACGUAAACAUCAAUACUUGUAAAAUAGCAGCUCCAGAACUAGGUAAUAAAAUGAAAUCUUUUUCCUUUGUCCCAUUCAACAACAGUUCUUUUUACAAGAACUUUAUUGAUUCAAGCAUCUACAAAAUGGUAUUUUUAUCUUAUGUAUGCAUUUAAAAAAAAACAUGCAAUAAAAUCUUUUGAGUAUAAAAAAAUCAGUGAAAUAUAAAGGGACCUACUUUAUCCAUGGCAAAUUGUCUCCAACGCAUAUUAUGCUAAUGAUGGCAGACAGCCACCUCGCUUUGUAAUAAGUAUUAUGCACACCCACACACAAACAAGCUGUUGGAAAACAGAAUCAGCUGGAAAUGCAGACAAGGUAGGAAACCACUUACUUGGCAGGGUCAGAAAGGCGAAUAUGCCCAUUUGCUCCAGAACCGCUCCUCUAGCAGCUGCUGCCGUGCCAACCCUACAGGGCCAGCCUUUGAUUCAAGUGAAUGCAGCUCCAGAAGGUGCCUUUUAAAAUGCAUUUUUAUUCAUUUCUAUUACUCUUACAAGAGUAAUAGUAUUUCUUCACAUUCUGGUCUGGGUUAGUAGAUUAAAUAAGAAUGCUUCCCCACCCAAAGAACAUAAUUUCUGGUGAGAAAAUGGGGUCUAUGGAAAGCUGAAAGAUUUGUAUGCUAUGUUCCACUUAGGGGUGGUGACUGGGCAUAUGUAAAACUGGAAGGGAUAAACUGGCUACGCAACACGGUGAGGACACUGAGUGUCAGCUUUGGCUUUCAGCUUCUCUGUCUGUGUGAAUUUCCUGUGGAUUCUGGAAACGUUUUUAGGGAACUCCCCGAGAAGUUAGAGACCACAAUAAAAUGUUUCUACAUGACAAUUUUUGUUACCCAGUAAGAGAACUCUACUGGGUUCAGUAGUGUCAAGGUGGACCCUAAAUCCAUUUCCUGGUGUCUUUAAAGGGAGGCCAUGGCAGACACAGAGACACAGAGGAGACACACAGGGAGGAGGCAGUACAUGACACGUGACAACAGAGGCAGAGAUUGGAGUAAUGCAGCUGCUAUAAGCCAAGGUGCACCAGAGAUUGCAGUCGCUGGAAGCUAAAAGAAGUGAGGAAAUACAUUUCCCUAAAGCCCUUGGACAGAGAAUGGUUGUUUUGGCUUAGACUUUGGACUUUUGGAUUUCUAGCCUUCUGAACGAUGAAAGAAUACAUUCUGUUGUUUUAAGCCACCCUGUUUGUGGUGCUUUGUUAUGGCAGCCCUAGGAAGCUACUACAAUGACCAUGUUUUAGAAGAACCAAUACAAGUCUCUGGUAAUAAAAUUCCCAGAGACCAUUGCUAGACACCAGUCAGCCUUUCAAACCAGCACUCCUGGGGUAUGCUAGAAUACCUCAGCUUUCUUCCUGAUUUGAAGGGAUCACCCUAGUACAUAUCAGUCCAUCAGUAACUUUUCAUCUUCUAUGUGAACAUCACCCCCUAAGUGCACUAUGGUGCAAAGAGUUCUAGAAGAAGCUGAAAUUAUUCACAACAGGGUUCGAGGGAGGGGGAAGGAAAGUUGUCUUUAGACAUAUAACCAAAGUAAGAAUAUAUACAAUAUAAGGAAGGGGAAUAGAGAAGUUCAAAAAAUGGGAUUACUAACAGUCAAAAAUUAGGAAAUACAUGACCUAAACAGCACUAUCAAUCUACUUCAUCUAAUUGACACAUAGAAUAUUCCAUCCAACAACAGCAAAAUACACAUUCUUCUCAUGCUCACGUGGAGCAUUUUCCAAGAUAGACCACAUUCUUGGCCAUACAUCAUCCAUUAAAAAUUUAAAAGAAUAAUAAUUAUACAAAAGCAGGUUUUCAGACCACAAUGGAAUGAAACAAGAAAUUAAUAACAAAGCUCCAAAAUCCAGAAAUAUCUGUAGAUUAAACAGCACACUUCUAAAUAACAUGUAGAUCAAAAAAAUCUCAAUAACGAUUUUUAGAUAUUUUGAAAAAUAUGAAAUUACAAAUAUAACAUAAAAAUCUGUGGGAUGUAGAAAAAUAGUAUGUAGAGGAAAAUUUAUAGCAUUAAAUGCAUAUAUUAGAAAGAAAAAAAUCUAAAAUCAUCCUAAGCUGUCACCUUAGGAAACUAGAGAAAGAAAAGUGGUUUAAGCCUAUAGCAAGCAGAAUAAAAGAAAACUUAAAAACGAGAGUGUAAAUCAAUGACAUUUAAAACAGGAAAAUAAUAAAGAAAAUCAAUGAGACCAAAAGCUUGUUCUCUGAGCAGAUUAAUGAAAUUGAUAUACUUCUAGCCAGGAUAACCAAGAAAAGAGAGAAGACACAAAUUACUAAUAAUAGAAAUGAAAGAAACUCUAAGCUCACAAAUUUGAUAACUGAAAUGAAAUAGAUCAAUUCCUUGAAAGACAAACUACCAAAACUCACACAAGCAGAAAUAGAAAACCUGAAAAGCCCUUUAUCUGUUAGAGAUAUUGAACCAAUAAUUAACAACUUUCCAAAAAAAGAAAACACAAGGCCCAGAUGAUUUCACUGAUAAAUUUACCAAACAUUUAAAGGGAAAAAAAUAGCCAUUCUCUACAAUCUCUUCCAGAAAAUAGAAGCAGAGAGAACUCUUUUUAAACUUAUUCUCUUGGGUCAGAAUUAUGCUAAUAGUAAAACCAGGUAAAGGUAUUACAAGAAAUGAAAACUAAAAACCAAUAUCUCUCAUGAAUAUAAUUACAGAAAUCCUCAACACAACACUAAUAAGUUAAAUCUAACAAUGGAUAAAAAAAAUCCCACACAAGACGUGGGAUUUGUUCUAGGUAUAUAUGGCUCUUUCAAAAUUCAAAAAUCAAUCAGUGAAUCCACCACAUCCACAGGCAAAAGAAGAAAAAUAAUGUAAUUAUAUCAAUUGAUGCAGAAAUAACAUUUGACAAAAAUCUAAUGUGUAUUCAUGAUAAUUUUUAAAAACUGUCAG